UUUGCACCGUCACUUAGGAUAUAAAUAGCUUUACUGAAAGCUAUGCAGGGACAGAAGAAAUCCCAUCACAACAGAGGGGGAGGUCUCACUCUGCCUGUGUAUACAUAAAGCAUAUUGAUUGCAGACAGUCCCCAGUCGAGACCAGACACACUAAGCCUUCGGAUAAGGCGGUACAGAGGAAGCCACGGGCUGCAGACGGCUUAGUUUACAACAACAAGAAGAAACCGUAGUUUUUCCGGAUAUAAACCCUGCACAAGUUAGGACAUGGGUAUGCGUGGAUCCAAGCCUCGGAAACAAGCACAGGUCCUAAUGCUGGGUCUGGAUGGAUCAGGAAAGACCACCCUGCUCUAUAAACUCAAGUACAAUGAGAGCGUGGUGACUGUGCCAACUGUGGGUUUCAACGUGGAGACACUGGAGACAGACAGGAGAAGCCCGGGCCUGACGGUGUGGGAUGUCGGGGGCCAGAAGAAGAUGAGGCCCCACUGGAAGCAUCACUACGCUGACACAGCCGGACUGGUGUUUGUGGUGGACAGCUGGGAUCAAAAGCGGCUGGACGAAGCCCGCAAGGAACUUCAUCGGGUCCUGAGGUACGAGAGUCUCAGAGGAGUUCCUCUUGUGGUGCUUGCCAACAAACAGGAUCUUCAGGAAGCUCUCAGCCCCGAAACGCUUUGCCUAAAACUGGAUUUGGGAACAGUGUGUGAGGGCAGGGCAUGGUUCAUCCAGCCCUGUUCAGCCACCACCGGCAUGGGACUAGAGGAAGGUUUCAGGAGGAUAGUCUAUCUGAUGAAGACUCCACUGAAACAGACUCAAGAGGACAUCAAAGUGAAGAUGAGGUCUAAGGGCGUUAGUUUUACGGCCAUGAGGCAGAUCUUGCUCUGCAGUGGCUGAUGGAUGAAAAUCCUUAUUAAAGAUUCAUUCAUUCAUUCAUUCAUUCAGGUGUAGGAUUCCUUCCCACGUGCCUGUAUUGAUUAAACAAGGGUCAAGCGAGACAAGGUGAUAACAGUUUUAAUCUCUGUGGCAGAAAGAACUUUAACUCGAUGCCGGUGAAGACAAAGUGUCUUUGAAUCAUGGCGAUAGCCCACGAGGAGGCUGUGAGUCAUGGGUUACGAUUUUGAGAAAACAGCUGGUGUUCCAAGCUGAUACGAGCCGCUUGCAAAACACAUCCGAGACAAUUCAGUCUGACAGUGUACAGACAUGCUGUACGUGGAAAACUGACUGAUAAAAGACUGUCUUUGUUCGGUCAAACAAGUGUUUUCCACUUAACAGUUUUGCUUUAUUUUUUAUUUUAUUUUAUUUUUCUAAUAUGACAUUAUUAAAAUAUAAAGACUGAUUGUUAUGUGCUUACUAUUUCAUACACACUGUACUUUAUUUGGAAUGGUGAAACUGUUUUGUCUAUUUGUUACGAUUAAAGUUGUUAAAAUAUCUGGAAUGGAAUGAGUUGGUGGGGUUCUUGGUGGGAAUUUGUACCUGUUUAGUCAAGUCAAAUGGAUAUCUUCCACAGUUAUUGUGUUUUAUUAUUUUUUUUAAUUUAUAUUUCAUAUUUCUUUAUUGUUUUACUUGUUUUACUACUUCUAUAGGGAAAACACUGCCCAUGGGAAAGGAAAAAAAGGGAAUUUACCAAUAAAUACCGCAUUAACAAUGAAGGCUAAUUUAGCAGUCAAACUGGAGUAAAUCGUAUCUAAUUUCGUCAAAAAUCAACUGCCGCCAACUGAAUUUGUUUUUCCUGGUUGAAAAUCCAGUCUCCGUGUUUAUUGAUUUAUAUUAGGCUUUUAACAAUAGUUCAUUUCACAAUUAAACAAUGCGUCAAGUUUCAUAUAGGAAAUUUGAAUUUGCAAAGUAUAGCUGUAGAACAAAUGUAGUUCGGCAAACUGGAUAUAAAAUAGAAAUGCUCAAUACUCAACAUUCAGCUUAAAGCAAGUGUAAUAGUUGAGUAAACGCAC